UUGCAGUAGCCUCGUGUCUACCCUCACAGUUACUUUCUGGCUGUGUUUGUUUCUGAGAUCUUUUAUAAUGUUUCAGUGUUUUUUGUGCAGUGGCAUUUGUAUGCUGCAACCAGACAUGGAUGAUGAAGGCCAUAUGCAAAGAAAUGGUUCUCCUCUGAAGACCUUACAGACUGCAGGUGGUCGUGGGGGAAAAGGUAGAUUCCUGAAGCAGCUACUUGCCAUUAUUGGCAGCAACAAUCUGAAAAGCUCUGCAUUUUUCCCCUUGAUUUUGUCUCUGAUGGCAGAAAGACCCAACCAGACUGCAGCUUUGUUUGGCAUCAAACUUGCCUCCUGAGAUGAUCACACAAGAAGUCUUUUAUCACUUUGGCGGCUGAGAGCCAGAGCUGCUUGUGGUGGAAGUUGCUGGGACUGUAACCCCUGGUUGUCGUGGGAUGAGAGUCAAGCUUGGCCUGUCAGCAAGGCGAGUUGCAGCAGUCUGAGCCCCUGCCAGGACACGUCAGUACUCCUGAGCGUGCUUCCCCCGGUGCUGCUCUCAUUAAGGAGAAGGUGCCACAUGUUGUACAGCAUCUUCCCCUCCUGUUCAGCAGCACCUUGUGUUCUCUGGCCAUCUGGGAUGAGGUCUUGUUCCCUUGACGUUUCCACAAAGAGCAGCUGGUGUGAGCUUUCUGCACAAAGAGGGACAAAAUUGAAAGUGAGAAGGGCAUGGGAUCCUGGUAGUUUUAAAGGCCAGGGAUCAUUGCCAGCAUGCACCCACUCUCCCGUGUACCAUGUUGGUGAUCUCCUCAUGAGCACAACCCAGGAACCAGCUUCUCUCUGACCUUUGUGGAGGAGACCGUGGUGAAACUCCCUUCCUGAUUCUGGAUCCUGGACGUACAAAGUGUUCCUUACGAGAUGUGAUCCCUAAACCAUCACUUUGUUCCUUGUUUUCGACACAAGACCCCUCGCGGGCUGUCGGUGGCAGGAGUGCUCGUGUGUGGAACUGCCUGUGGCUGAGUUCGGAACCUGCUGAGCUGGACAUGCUCUGCAAACUGGAGAGAUCAUUCUAAGAGGUGCUGCUAUAGAAGAUGAGGCUGAACGAGAGCCGGACCAGACCCUUCCAGGCUCCUGUUUCCAUCCACAGCUACCCGGGAGGGCAAGUGUACGUGUUCCCAAAUGGCCGCUCUGACUCGGAGGAGUCGUCAGACGAGGAGCUCAACGUCAUGGAGCUGCGGCCCAGGGGCAGGGAGCGGCAGUGCAGCAAUGCACGGGGCAGAGCUGGGGAUGUAGUGCUUCUGGAGAGAGACAUCACUGAGGACGACAGUCUGAACAAGCUUGCCCUGCAGUAUGGUUGCAAAGUUGCAGACAUCAAACGCGUCAACAACUUUAUCAGGGAGCAGGACCUGUACGCUUUGAAGUCCAUCAAGAUCCCUGUGAAGACCCACGGGCUGCUGACAGAGAGCAGCAAGGAGCUGAGGCCGCUCCCGGCUGCGCGCUCGCAGAGCGGCGCGGUGCUGGUGGACGUGCCGGAGCCUGGCGCUGGCGGCAGCGGCUGUGCUGAGAGCGAGCAGCUCGUGGAUUAUUUCAAAGGCAUCGACAAGAGCAUCCAGGACGCCGUGCAGGCGGAGGCGCAGCUGAGUGCUGAGCUCUGCGUGGAGCCACCAGAGAGGCCGCUGGCCGAGCCGGGGAAGCGGGAGAGCAGUAAUGGUGCGGACUGUGGAAUCCAGUGGUGGAAUGCAGUUUUUAUUAUGCUCUUGGUAGGAAUUGUCUUGCCGGUAUUUUAUAUCAUCUAUUUUAAAACACAAGAGAAUGGCCCGGCGCCCCACACCUCCAACACAACAGCAACCUCAAAUAUUUCGACAGAUGGAUUGGAAGGGAAAUUACUACAAGGCUCAGUUGUAGAAAAAAAUGCUAGGGGGGAGACACAGCCAAAUACAGCCUCACCUCCCAGCACGGGCGCCCAUAAGACGGUGACUCUGACUCGAGUGCAAUCGGGGGGAUAACACUACAGAUACUAUUUUUUUUUAAAGUAGUCAAUGUAGUUCUGAGCUUGACUGAACUGGAGAUGCGAUUUUAUAGAAGAAUAAGGAUGCUCUGUUGCUUGUGAAGACCAGCAGGCAACUGGCUUAACAUUUGUGAACUCUGAUGAGGGAAAGUAUUUUGAAGCAGUUUGCUCUUCUUGCUUGCUUCAGGUAUUUCUUAAGAGUGGUUUUGUCUAAGAAGCUGAACCCUUUACUUCUGUGACAGAGUGCAGUAUUGGUGUGAUUGGAAAGCUGGGGGCUGUUUGGUUUUUUUUUUUAAGAAAAUACGUUUUGCUUGGAGUAGAGGUGAGGACUCAUCUUUUUCAAUGAACUGUCAUUUUUCUGUCUUGCAGAGCGUGGCAGCCUUGGCAGGCCUAACCCAAAGAGCAGUGGCUUUUAAUUGGUUGGCUGGGGUGUGGCACAGCACAGGGACACCAGCAGCACCUCACCACUACAUCUUGUGCACGAUGGUUAAGCAGUGGGUGGUUUGAAUCCUGCAGUGGGGUGGGCGAGGCCAGAGCUUUUGUCCUGGUGGAAGUCCUUCAGAGGCUUCCUGCCAAUGUCCGUGCAGGCAGAGCUCAUUGAGAGCUCUUGUUCUGUCAGGGUUUUGUCAGUGCUGCAGCGGGCUGGCAGCAGACAUCCACAAUAUUGGCAGGAGAUGGCGAGAACAGAGUAAGGCUUGUGGGAUGCUGUGCUCUUCUCAAGGGUUUAUUUGGUGUGGGGAAGUCUAGCUGUUACCUGCUUUUGGUUUAAAUCCACAGUGGUGCAUCUCAAAUGUCACAUCACAGUCGAGGACUUGAGUUUCCUUGUUUGUACGCUUCAAAUGAGAGUGCUGCUGAGUUCACCUACAAAGACCCGCAAAGAAGCCCAACGUUGUGUCAGGUAGUCACAGAAAUGUGAAUCAGAUGCUUUCUAGAUGGGGACUGGGAAGCUGCUGUAUGCUGAACAGUCCUGUCCACUCUGAGUAAAUAGGGGGGGGUGAAUGGAGGUUUGUGUGGCUGAGCUGUACUGUAAGCCUGAUAUGUGUGCUGUGUCAGUGCACGCUACAUGCUGGAAGUGAGGAGCAGUGAGGCUUUGGGAGAGAGUUUUGCUGCAGAGAAUUGUCCUCAGAACUUUUUAUUCAACAAAUUCAGGGACUGCAGACAGAGGUAAGCUCUCCUAGAGCUAAAUGCUGAGGUACUGCUGUGGCACAGUUGCAUGAAAUCCCCAGGGAGGGGAUCCAGGCUGUAACUCAGCAGCAGCCAGCUGGUUGUGUCAUGGGGAGCCUUGGGGCUGUUUGCACAGAGCUGAGCUCCUGCAGGGGAGGCAGAGCUGGUGAGCAGGCACACAGCGUGGCAGUUUGUCUUUGCCCCGCACUGCAGCCUUCCCACCGUUUACUGUGUUCCCAGCAAGCUCGAGAAGAUGCCUGCAGAAAACAGAGUCCAUUUGUGGCAAGCUGCGGAGUCAGACCUGAGCUGCUUGCCUGCUGCAGGCCUUGCAGCAGAGGGCACUGCUGCCUGGGAGCUGUGGAGGGUCAGUCACAGCAAGGGCAGCAUUUUUAGGGACCCUGGCUGCGUUGUUGGGCUCUGAUGCUGAACCUAAUGUCUGUGCAUGAACCACGUGCAAGUUGGUUUGGGUUUGUUGGUGGUUUUUCGUGCUGUUUUUUUUUGUUUGUUUUCAAAGCCUUUCUUUUGCUGCCUAAAACUGAUCAGAAGUGAAGACGCUGGGUGAUGGGAGCAGCCUUGUGGCACCUUCUGCAUAGCACAAAAGGUGUGGGGGGAAAAGAGCAUUACGCGAAGCAGAGCCCUGUGGUUACACCUGUGGUGUCACACCUGCACUGUGGGGCUCCUGCAGCCUUAGAAAGGGCUUAGGAAAGCCUGGGCAAACCUAAGUUGUGAAUGAGGGACCUAGAGUGUCUUGUAAUGGGGAAAAAAAGGCUCGUAUUUUCUUCUGUGAAGGAAAGGUAUCCCUUGUGGUUGGGAAGAGGGGAAUCGCUACAUUUCUAAAUCAAGUGAAAUGAAAUAAAAGCACAAGGGGCACUUACCCACCCCA